UGGGAAUCGAUUAGUGGUGGGAAAAUAGCGGAGCCAGAGUACUUCGGUGGUUUCUCUAUAUUUCCUCUUGAAAGAUGAGUGGUUAUGUCGGUGACUUGGACGAAUACCAGGAGUCCAUACUGGAAGAGUUCAAACAGAAAGUGCAAGAUAUCGCCAGGCCGCACUGGGACAACAAUUUCUAUCUGAGAUGGUUGAGAGCGAGAGACUUUGAUGAGAAGCGAUCCGAAGUGAUGCUGAGAAACGAUGUUGUUUGGAGACGACAGUUUGGAACGGAAAAAAUCCUCGAAGAAUUCAAAGUGCCCGAGGGGUUACCCUAUUAUGUACUACUACUUCGAUCUUGACCUCAAAGGCUUGGUGCAUUCAGCGUCGAAGACCGACGUUCUGAAGAGCAUGAUAGUGACCAUGGAGAAAGUCUAUAGAACGUUCAGCGAACAGUCGAAGAAGCACCAAAGGAGGAUCGAUGGCCUAAUUGUCGUGUUUGACCUCGAGAACCUUGCGAUGAAACACAUCACGUACAAAGCAGGCGUGGAACUGUGCAUCGAGAUCAUCCAGAUGUUUGAGGACCACUACCCUGAAACGCUCAAGACUCUGAACAUUGUCAACGCACCGAAGAUAUUUCCGGUAGCAUAUGCAAUAAUGAAACCUUUCCUCACUCAACACACAAAGGACAAGAUACGCAUGCAUGGAGGUGACUGGCAACAGAACCUGCUGAGGGAGAUCGACAUAGAUGAGAUACCAGUGUUUUUUGGCGGACAAGCACGUGGCCCAGACGGUGACCCCAAGUGUUCGCAUGCUCUAUGCUAUGGUGGAGAGAUCCCACAGCACUACUACCAACAGAAAAGGAAGGAGGCUAUUGAUAAGACAAAGAUGGAUAUGGCCGUAGUUAACAAGCGUGGCUAUCACAUGGUUGAGUACUUUGUGCAACAGCCUUCAUCAUUGAUAAG